AUGGUUUAUUUAUUUGAUGUCCCUUCUUACUUUAUUAUGUUGCGUGAAACGCUUGAAUUCACGAUAAUAAUUGCUGUGCUUCUUAGUUUUAUUGACAAACUCAUUCCUGACGAUAAAAUUGUCUUGCGAAAACAUUUAAAAAAACAAAUAUGGAUUGGAUCAAUAUGUGGAUUAUUUGUGUCAAUAGUCGUUGGGGCAGCUUUAAUUGUAGUUUUCUACACUACUACCAAAAAUUUAUAUGAAAACAAUGAAGAUGCAUGGGGUAAGGGAUCUUUGUCACUUGUUGCAUCUAUUAUUAUAACAUUAAUGUCAUUAAGCUUGAUUCGCGUUCAACAAUGGAAAACAAAGUGGGAAAAUAAACUUCAAAAAUUGACCGAACAAUAUCUCGAACGAAAUGAAAAAGGGAAUAAGUGGGCUUUGAUAUUGCUGCCUUUUACUGUCAUCUGUCGUGAAGCGUUGGAAGCAGUUAUAUUCAUUGCAGGGGUUGGUUACGGCAAAGAAGCAACUAGUCUCCCUAUUCCAGUUAUUAUGGGAACUAUUACCGGUAUUUUCAUAGGAUGGCUUAUAUAUAGAGGCUCUCACGUUCUUUCGAUUGCCGCAUUUUUCAUUUCGACAACUAUUUUAUUAUUAUUCAUUGCUGCCGGUCUUUUCUCUAGCGCUGUUCAUAAAUUGAAUAGAGCUGCCGGUGGUCAUACUAUGGUUAUUUGGAAAUUAAAUUGUUGUGAUCCAGAAGAAAAUGAUUUUUGGGAUGUUAUGGGAUCAAUAUUUGGAUGGACAAAUGAAGCUACCAUUGAUUCGACAAUUAGCUAUUUCGUUUAUUGGCUCAUGAUCAUUAUUGUGGUUGUAGUCAUCAGACUACGUGAGAAUAAAGGCGGUAUAAAUGACGAAGAAAAUGUUGAGAAAGAAAAUGCCAGUAAUGAUAAAACUGUCAGUAAUGAAACUAGUAAUGAUAAAGCUGUCAGUAAUGAAACGGUCAAUAAUGAAGCUAUUGAUGAGGUUAUCAGUGAGAUAAAAGAAAAGUAA